AUGGGUCCAAUUAAAUUUAGCAAUGUAUAUUUCUUUCAAAAAAAUAUGAAUAGAAAUACUCUUAGUAAGAUAUUAAUAGUAGCCGUGUUGUUCUUUGCUCUGUUUGCAUGUGCAAUGGCUGAAAUUACAAGUGUUGAUUGCAGAAUGGCCAAUUGUUUGAGAAUCGACGAAGACUUUUGCAAAAGAAGAGGUUUAAUAUUACAACCACCUGCACCUGGAAAUUGUUGUAACAACUGUAUCCCUCCAAAUUAA